CAGCAUGUUGAGCACAGUCACUGGGGGGCAAAUGGCUUACUCCAGUGAGACACAAAAUGCUGGAGUAAUUCAGAAGGAGACACAGCAUCUCUGGAGAGAAGGAAUGGGUGACAUUUCAGUUCGAGACCUUUCUUCAAACUGAGAGUCAGAGGACAGGGAGUCACAGAGAUAAGGAAGGGUAGGGUGUGAAAACGAGACAUCAAAGGGGAUGCCUGGUGCUGUACGGUUCUUUGUUCUAUGUUCGAUGUAUCAAAGCAUUUUUUUUUACACAAUAGACCACCUCGAAAGUAAACGUGUUUUUACAUAAGGCAGGGUGAACUAAUAUAGGUUGUAAAAACGUCCCAGAGAAGUGUCCUGUCCCCUCCCGUGAGAACCUCUGGAAGUUCGUGGGCGGGGGAGAGGAAGGGGAGGCGGGAGAGCACAAAAAAAAACUCCAGAGUGCUGGAGUAACUCAGCGGGUCAGGCAGCAUCGAUGGAGAACACGGAUAGGCAAUGUUUCGGGUCGGGACCCUGUGAUACAGCAUAUGCAUUUCUCUGUGAUUUUAGAGCGAGGGUGAACUUCUGAAAUGCCGCCUAUAUCCUCCCUGGAUCUACACAACAGGCGAACCGCCUCGCAGAAAGUUAGUUAUUGAAAUCCGAGUUCCGUGCUCCCUUGUCUAAGAGUGCGUGAACUGAGAGCGCCGGGAUUGUGUUGCCAGUCCCGGGACGGGCAGACAGUUCCUGUGUGGGAGCGGCGCAUCGUGGGUGGCCCGCACUGUAACCGAGUCGGUGGUUGAUCCAGCCUCGGGCGACUCGCAGAGUUUCAUGUCGCUGCACCGCGGAACUAAAGUGGCCCCAAAGAUAUUGAACACACAUCGGGAAUAGGGGAGAGAGUUGGCCACCUCUGUAUUUAUUUACCUACGGUGUUUUCACCGCGUUGGAAAACGUAUUAAACCAGAAAACACAUGUAAAAUUUGGCGACGACUCUUCACCUCGUUCCAAGGGGGAGGAGGGGUGACUAUAUACAUCCCGGGCAGUAAGAGCACCUUUAUUUUGAGGACAGAUUAGACAUGUUCGUUAAAUUGGCCCUUAACCUAGAAAUCUUCUGCCGCUCCACGAGAGUGUGAGUCUGUUUAAAUCACUCACACUGGUUUCAUAUCAAAAUGGGAUUAUUUUGUAGCAGUUUUGGCCGGUAGAGGUGCAGCUGGUGGGACCGCUGCCUCACAGCGCCAGAGACAUCGGGUUCGAUCCUGAUCUCGGGUGCUGGCAGUGUGGAGUUUGCACGCUCUCACUGUGACCGCGUGGGUUUCUUCCGGCUGCUCCGGUCUCCCCCCACAUUCCAACGAAGGGUUUGUAGGUUAAUUGACCCUCUGUGAAUCCCCCCCCCCCCCCCCCCCUAGUGUGCAGGGAGUGGAUGAGAAAGUGGACAACAUCGAACUAGUGUGAACGGGUGAUCGAUAAUGGUCAGUGUGGGCCUGUUUCUACGCCAUGUCUCUAAAUUGGAACGAUAAUCUAUUUUGAUCAAUACUUCUCUGCAAACGGAGAUAAAUUGGGGUGGAGAAACUCAUCCCGAGAGUUGUGUCCAGUGCAUUGUACAGGAGUGGAGCAGCACCCCGCAGCGGGAACGUAACGAAAGUUAAAAUAUCAAAAACAUUGGAUUUGACACAGGGAUUAAAAAAAAAUGUUUUUGCAGCCUCUUCCCUCCCAUGUGUAACGUUGGGGUAGGUGCUGUAAUUUGCUUAGAUUUAAAAAAAAACACGGCCCGCCCACUGAUAAUUGUUCACUUUGCCUGAGAUAAUAAUCUGAUCAAAAUCAAGUGCAUUUCUCCGGGAGAAAAUUAAAGUGAAGUUCAACAAAGAUAAAAAGCCAGGAAGAGUUUGCUUUGAGCAGAUGGCCCUGGAGUCGGGAGUCUCCAGCCUUUGGUCAUUGUGUGUCGUGUCUCCUUGCGUGUCUAUGGAGUGGCCAGUCGAAUAGGAAUCCAGUUCGGAUAUUUAGUGGAGCCGGCGGAAAAUAAAGAGAAAAUAUCGCUUCAAUAUCCCCCAAGAUGGCCGCCAAUGUGGGAUCGAUGUUUCAAUAUUGGAAGAAAUUGGAUCUGCGGCGGCUUCAGAAGGAGCUGAACUCUGUUGCGUCUGAACUAGCGGCUCGCCAGGAAGAGAGCGAGCAAUCUCACAAGCAUCUGAUAGAACUGAGUCGCGAAUUCAAAAGAAAUGUGCCAGAGGAGAUUAGAGAAAUGGUUGCACCUCUCCUAAAGACCUUCCAAGCUGAGGUGGUAGCACUUAGCAAAAGAAGCAAGGAGGCUGAGGCUGCCUUUCUUAAUGUUUACAAGCAAUUAAUAGAAGCACCAGACCCUGCUCCUUCUCUCGAAGUAGCUCGAAACCUGGAGGAGAAGCUGCUACAGCUGCAACACAAUGAACCAGAGGCUCAAGUAGAGAAGGAGAUCUUCAAACGUUGCAGAAAACAAUGCGACCUGCUCAGCCGUGAAGCCAGCGAACAAGCAGCAGAAGCCUCUCCAGUUAGGAUCAGGGUGUCUGAAGAAUCACAAAAGACCAUCAUAGACAGCGCACCACUUAAAAGCGAUAACCUGUCACAGAAAAAUGAGGCAGAAAAAGAAAGCAGACUGCAGGAAGCACAGAUUACCUUGGCUGCCCGACUUGGGGAGGCAGAAGAAAAAAUAAUGGUCCUUCACUCAGCUUUGAAGACAACACAAACAGAGCUCCUGGACCUGAGGUGCAAAUACGAUGAAGAAACAGCAGCUAAGGCAGAUGAAGUGGGGUUGAUCAUGACCAACUUGGAGAAGGCUAAUCAGAGGGCAGCAGCUGCUCAGAGGGAAGUGGAGAGUCUUCGAGAACAGUCCGUAAAUUGCUCCAUUCACCUCGACUGUCAUUCUCCACGGAUUGGGGGAGUGGAUCAGGCCAAUGUUCUGAUGUGUCCCGGUUCGAGACUGGAGGCAGCGUUGGUUGCUAAGGACCGGGAGAUUAUCCGGCUGUUGAAAGAGGUUCAACACCUGCAGACUGCCUUCCAUGACCUUCAGGAGAGUUCGGCAAAUCAGGUUGCAGAGUUGGAGCAGCAGCUAGCACUGAAGACGGAAGCUGUGGAGACUUUAGAAAGGAAAUUGUGUGCACAACUAAACCACGAGAAACGUAAAACCGAAUUAAGCCUUUUCAACUCGACAAACUCAACAGCCACCAAUAGUCGGGCGUCCCUGGAUAGGAAAAAAGAUAACAAGGACUUUCUGCCAGAAAAAGAGAUGACCCUUCCUCCCGAGAAGAGAUGUUUACGAAAGAAACCAAAUGCAUAUGCAGAAAUGGAUGAGGUACAACCUGAAGAUGGUGCCAGGAAAGCAGCUGUGAACAAUGAGAAGGAUGCCUCGAGUGUUGAUCAUGCAUCACCAGCCCCUCAGCCAAGUCCACAUUGGUCCCGAGAUGAGCAAGCCUCUCCAAUGGCCAUCCCAACACAAGUGUCAACCCAAGGACCAGAACCAUCAGGAGCACUCCCCCUCUCUCCAAUCCCCUUGAUCAAAGCAAGCGAUAAGUCUUCUCCAGAGCCUUUGCAUCACAGGCCACUGAUGUCUCCCUUGUACUCGAAAGAGGCUGUAAAUACUGUGGUUUACCCGACUGCACUCUACUCUGCUAAGGGAGCGCUAAUCAUAGGGAGUAGUUCUAGCAACAGUGAAGCUACCCCACCAAGUGACCAGUCAGAGGGCAGCGGCUCAAGUGCUGGUGAUGACGAACAUGUAGAGACAGCUGACAUUGCUUUUCAGGUUAAAGACCAACUCCUAAGGCACAACAUUGGACAGCGUGUGUUUGGACACUAUGUUCUGGGGUUAUCACAAGGAUCUGUCAGUGAGAUUCUUGCCAGACCUAAGCCAUGGCAUAAGCUUACAGUUAAAGGGAAGGAACCUUUUAUUAAGAUGAAGCAGUUUUUAUCUGACGAGCAAAACAUCCUUGCCCUUCGAACUAUUCAAGUGCGGCAGAGAGGGAGCAUAACUCCGAGGAUUCGGACUCCAGAAACCGGAUCAGAUGAUGCCAUUAAAAAUAUCCUGGAGCAGGCAAAGAAAGAGCUUCAGACUCAGAAAACUGUUGAAUCUAAAAGCUCUCCCUUGCCUGUAUGCAGUGCAAGUUCCAGCAGCAGUGCUGGCUCUGAUGAUGCGAUUCGGUCUAUCUUGGAGCAGGCCCGGCGAGAGAUGCAGGCCGAGCAGCAAGUUCUGCUGGAGAUGGAGACCCGGAGUAGCAGCAGCAGCAGCAACAAUGCAGCGGUAACCCCGCAUGUGGAAGCUUUACCAGCCACAAGCAAAGUUCCCCUUACCCCCUCCAUCAAGCAGGAGGAAGGCAUUGCAACUAAAAGUUCCCAGACUCCUCUCAGCGUGGUGUCACCCGCGGCCUUUGUGCAGAGCAUCAUACGAAAGGUGAAGUCGGAGAUCGGUGAUGCUGGCUCCUACUUCGACCAGCACUGGGCCACGGAGAGGAACGUGGCUCACAGGUUGUACGCUUCGGUCUCGCCCUCCCCGUCGUCCUCCUCCUGCGGCUCGUCGGGGACGUCGGGAGCGGUGAGGCAGUGGCGGGCAGAGCCCAGCGAGAGCAGCAAGAGCGGCGAGGAACAGCCGGCCGCCUUGGAAGCUGCCAACAAGGUCGCGGACAUCAAAUGCGAAGGCAGCCCAGACUCUCAGAGCACGGGACAGCUCUCCGUCUUCCCCACCUACGUCCCGCGGUCGCUGAAACCAACCGUACCUCCGCUGACUCCAGAGCAGUACGAAAUGUACAUGUAUCGAGAAGUGGACACUCUGGAGCUGACCAGACUAGUUAAAGAGAAGCUGGCCAAAAAUGGAAUCUGCCAGAGAAUCUUUGGUGAAAAGGUGCUGGGCUUGUCACAGGGCAGUGUCAGUGAUAUGCUGUCCAGACCCAAGCCGUGGAGUAAGCUGACUCAGAAAGGCCGUGAGCCCUUCAUCCGCAUGCAGCUGUGGCUCGUUGAUAAGUUAGGCCAGAGCACCACAUAUCCCCCACAACCUGUACAAGCAAAUAAUGUGGUUCAGGCCAGGUAUUCGCCAUCACCUCCGCCCAGUCCCGCUGACCGCGAGAUGAGUCAACAGGAACCCAUCAGCACGGCACUGGAAAGCACCAAAGAAAACCAGCAACCGGACCCCCAGUCAACGUCUCGCCCCCUCUGUGGGAAGAGCCUCUCCAAUGGCCAGUCUCCCACAGGCAUUCAGGAAAUGGUGGCCAUGUCCUCUGAGCUGGACACUUACACCAUCACUAAAAAAGUGAAAGAAGUGCUAACAGACAACAACUUAGGUCAAAGACUAUUUGGAGAGAGCAUUUUAGGACUGACACAAGGCUCGGUCUCUGAUUUGCUUUCCCGGCCUAAACCCUGGCACAAGCUGAGCCUGAAGGGGAGGGAGCCGUUCGUUCGGAUGCAGCUCUGGCUAAACGAUCCCUUCAACGUGGAGAAGUUGAGAGACAUGAAGAAAAUGGAGAAAAAAGCCUAUCUGAAGCGCAGGUAUGGAUUACUGAAUGCUGGGUCCGACAGUGAUUCUCCCAGCACCCGAUCAGAGUCGGCCAGCCCAGGCGUCCAGCAGCAGGUGUUCCACCAUUACCAGGUCAAAAAGCCCAGGGUCGUGCUGGCACCUGAGGAGAAAGAGGCCCUAAAAAAUGCCUAUCUGUCAGAGCCAUAUCCAUCCCAGCAGACCAUCGAGAGCCUCGCUUCCCAGCUGAACCGCAAGACGAGCACGGUCAUCAACUGGUUUCACAACUACAGGUCCCGUGUUCGAAGGGAAACGCUUGUCGAAGAUCUGCAGGGGAACGAUACAGAUCAGGAGCCUUCCAGGUGCCAAGGGUACACGCACCACAACCAUUCUCUCAGCACCGGCCCAUCACAGAGUUCUGACUCGGAGCUGGAAGACAAGAAGGCUAUUUUUGCUGAGAUGAAGGGCCAGCUGCCGGUUGCAAUGGUGACAGACGGGGAGAGUGAAAUGGAGAUCAAGCGGGAAUUUGGCGAGCACUGUGAAGAGAAGGAUUAUGAACGCUGUUCAACGUGUUGCAUUGGAGAUAGCGAAGAAAGCGCAACUUCAUCCGUACAUUUCUCGGGCACUCUGAAACAAGGGCGGGUCAGAGCUGGUUGUAAUCAUAAGGUCCACCCAUUAAAGACGACCACGGUCCUGCAUAUCCAGAAUCCGCAAUGCUUGAUUAUCGGUUCAUCUAACUACGACAAGUUUCACGUUAACUCGUCUGGUCUCGCAUCUCCCGGCAAAUCGCCAAAGCCAGACGAGUGUGUCCCUGCUCCGACAGCGGCAGAAAGCAACGGUUUCAAGGCGAUCUCUGAGCCUGCGUGUGGUGGAGUGGAGGUGACGCUGAAUUCUCCUGCAACCUCUUCGCCAGGCCUAAUGUCAGUGUCUCCCGUUCCAUCCUCCUCUGCUCCCAUCUCGCCUUCACUCCCCACUGCCCCUCAGGGCCAGUGCUCCACCCCUGGGACCGAUAUCAUUGCUUUGCAGCCAACCUCAAAGCUUACAAAAAGCAUCCAGAGACGCAAUGCAAAGAUGGCCAAUCUGAAUAACAUUAUCCAUCGUCUUGAAAGGGCAGCCAAUCGCGAGGAACCCACAGACUGGGAAUUCUAACAACAGAUUUUAUUACGGGCAGUGAAUUUGUUAGUAGUGAAACUGCAGGACGUGACACUGAGCUCUUCAAGAGUAGGAAGAAUUUUAGAUGUUUAAUUUAAAUUGAGACUUGGCAAAGCCAAAACCACAGUAGUUUGUGCAGAAAACUUUGAAUUUUAUGAAUUCACUCUUCAAUUAAUCUUCCAGAAUCAUGUUUAGCAUCUGAGGAAAAAAUAUUGACCACUAUUUUAAACAAAAAAAAAUUCAAACAACUUUUAGAAAAUAAAUAUUUAUUUGUACAUGUCUUAUAUUAAGGACUGGUUGAAAACUCUGCUGUAGCAGUUUUCCUAUUUGUCAUUAGCUACAAAAUGAAAAUAGCAAAAGUUGAUUUUAGUGCCAUUAAAUGCACACUUGAAGUCCUGUAGUUUGCCACAGGAAGAGAUUAAAGACUAUAGUCUAAAGCCAUUAAACAGCACUAUGAUCCAGAAGGCUGACCAAAUUUGCAAGCUCAUGGAUAGAAAUUGUUUUCUUAAUUUUGUCUUCAAGACAACUAAUUCAUAUUACCAGAAGUGAACUCUGAUAUAGUCAAGAAGACUCUAAAAAUAGGAACCUCAACACCAGGAACAAUGUUCUUAGUUUUGAUCACGUGUUUUCAAACAUUUGUAACACAGGGUGUUAUGUGCAAUUGUAAAUGUUGUAGAAUCUUCUGCAAUAGCCUUUCUUGAACAAGCAGUAGCAUGGUACGUGAUUAAUUCUUCACUCUUGUUGGACAUUCACUCGUGGUGUUUUGAAGUCUAAUGAACAGAACUCUGCCCAACAAAAACGCGUACAGUCAUUUUGGAGUUUACAUUUUGUUUUUGUAACCAACUAUGAGAAGAUGAGUCAAAGUCCGAAAACCAUAAGAGGCAGCUGGCAAAAUCUCUGGUUUAGGAAAAGAAAUUUGACUUCCCAGUUGUCGUGGCCUGGUGUUCAGUGUUCAGGAUUUUGUUCCUUGAGUGAACAUCUUCCAGUCCCAACAAUGCAGUUGGCCUCUUCAAGUCAACCCUGAUUUUUAUCCACAUUUUGAAGGGGUUUUUUUUCCACCUUUUUAAGAUGUCGUUGAUGUGAUGAUGUUGGUGUAAUCUCAUUGCUAAAGGUCGAUGUGGGGUUGGAUUCUUCAGGACUUCCUGCAGCACUCGAUUUUUUUGUUUUGCACCAGAUUUAAAUCCUGUUUUGCUGAAGGCUACGGUAAUGCACUUGAUCAGAUUCAACUGAUCCUUUUUAUCCCUGCGUUCAUCUUACCUUAUCUUUUGUAUUUGUAAAAAGGAAACAUGAAGGCUGAUCUCUAUCUAGCCUUUGUAGUCUUUCUCUGCACUUGGCCACUAAAUACAGUAUAUUUCUGUUGGUGUAAGCAUUUUGACAUGCAGCUUGAUUUAUUCUCUGAUGCCGUGUCCCAAACACAGUGCUUUGUGUCACUGUUUUACAUUCAUUGCCUAAAAUACUGCAGGUUGUGAUAGAGCAACAAAGUAAGACAACUGCAGAGCAAUGCAAUGGAAGGCAAGCCAUGUGUGAUGACAUUAUUCCUUUGUGACACUGUUCAGACACAUGUGAAUUUUCGAUGUUUUCAGUGGUACUUUAUACUUAUUUCUUUAAAAGAGAGCUGACGUAUUUUCCUCCACAAAAUAUUAAGUAAGAAGAAGUUGCAAAAAAACAAAACAAAUGUCAGAACAACAAAAAUUAGAUAUGACCUGAGUAUCUCAUCUUAGGUGUGGCCUUUAUGGGCAAGGAUACCGCAGUUUAUUUGAUUUGAUCAUGAAAUAUGCUUUUUAUUUUCUCCAUUAUGCAUGCAGGUUUACCCUGCAAUCAAUCUCAAGAUGGCAACUGUAUUAAACCAAUUGUCAUAAAAAUCCUGUGCAGCU